AUGUCAAGGCACAUUCGCAAGAACUUGCUGGAGAAGAGAAUCUACCUUUUAAUCGACGACCAAGAAGAUGAAAGAGGCAUUAGUAAGUUAAAUUCAACUUUCAGGGAAAGUGCUAAAAGUGCGAUGCUGAAAUUUUGAUGACAUUUGGAAAAAUUUUCGACUAAAAUAAAAUGACCGCUCCCCGCGUUUCACGUACUCCCUACGCCGAAAAAUUUGUUGAAUAUCUCGGCCGUCCUUGAAAAGCUAAAAUCUUUCAGGAAUUAAUCUGUGGCCAAUUCUUGAAAUGUAUCAAAAAUUUAAAGAAAAAUCUGAGCGUCGCACUUGAGAUGUCUCCCUUGUUAGUCUUUUUUAUCACUUUUCAGAAGCCCUUAUGUCCUUUCCCUUCCUACCCGGCGAAUCUGGAGCUUUUAAUUAUUUAGAAUUCUCGCAGGGAUUGGAUCAGUUCCGCAAGAUGCUCACCGAAAAUCAGUACGAUGAAGCGAUCGUUACGGUUCUUUCAUCAGUGGCUUCCAUGACACCAACACGUUCCGGAGAGAUCGGGAGGAGCCUUAAAGGUCGGGACUUUUAUAAACUUCACUUAUCGCCACAUAACCUGCUGUCAAAAAAAUUGAAAUGCCAUUUUUGCUUACGAGGGAAGUACCCCAAGUGCGACGUUGAGGUUUUGACGAAACCUGGCACAAAUUUAAAAUAAUUUUUUCUAAAAUGUAUGCGUGAAUCCUAGCUCGCGCUUUGCAGAAACAACCGAGAUUUUUAGAUCGAAAGUCGGCGAAAAUUUAAGACUUUUUGCCGAAUUUCGUCACGAAAAGUCUCAUACCAAUUUCUACCGCAAAAGGUAAUGUUUAUACAAAAAAUCAAAUUUUUCCGCACAAACUUAGCAAAGUUACGGUCAAAAAGUGCUUUUCUCUCUGACCGCUCUCCACGUUUAGUGUACUCUCUCGGCGGCAAAGAUAGUUCAAUAUCUCGGUGGUGCUAGCAACAAAUUUUUUUUUUUUUUUUUGCUAAAACUUUCAAGAAUUGAUCGCUAGUCUAUGCCCAACGCGUGUGCAAAAUUUAAAGAAAAUUUGAGCGUCUCACUUGAGGAGAAAAAAAUUAUUGUUAGAGAAAAACUUGUUAGAGAAAAAAAAUUUACAGAAGUGGUGCGUUUGGCCAACAAGUUCAGACUCCUCCUAUUCCCGACUUUAAUCAACUCAAUCAGCGUUAAGCGCACACCGCUGCUUCGGGAGCUGGCCCCAGUGAUUGACGCCAUCCAUUGCGAGCACCGUGAUACGUCGCAUCUGGAGGGGAGAACGAUUGCGCAUGUCACAUUGUCAGAGCAAAGUGAGAACAUUUCUGGAUGUAGGUUUGGACCAUAUUUAGUUGAUAAUCGAAUUUAGAUGCGACGCCUAUUUUCGAGUUGAAGACGAAAAGUUUGGCUGGGCUUUUCUUGGAGCAGUUCUUCAUGAGCAAGUAAGAAUUGUCACUUUUUUGAGUUAAAAUCUUUCUUACAGUGAAGGACCUGAUCCAAUGGCAAAAAACGUGUCAUUUUGCAUCCGGGAAGUAUCAAAAAAUGUAGCAAAAUGCUUCCCUCUCCAAGUGAAAAAACUUCGUUUUGAAGGGUGCGCCCUUUUCCCUUACAAAAAGAGCGGGCGGGCUUCUGAAAUCGGAGUUUUUUCACUUGGAGAGGGAAGCAUUUUGACACAUUUGUGCUACUUCCCGGAUGCAAAAUGGUACGUUUUUUGCCACUGGACCGGGUCCCUCACUGUAUGAUUCCAGUUUCCCUCGACAGCCAGAGCUGAUGGAACUUGCGUGCAAGGCAAGGUUUGGUUUUGAAAUGCCACCGGAAUUCUAUAAAAAUGUCUUCGACGAGAUUGCUGGAUCGCUUCCAAACUUGGUGUUCCUGCAGCUUGAUGUGUUUGAAGACUGCCGAGUGCGGACGAUGGUAAGUUUGUUCGUCACUCUUGAACUUGAACAAGUUCUUGAAGUCCGACUCGCAUAUUGAUAAAGGAUAGUGCAAAUUUAAACUAGAUUUUUCUACAAAGUAUUCAAAAAAUUUAACAGGCUUUUAUGAUAGGCCAUGUUUAGGUUAAAAGUUGGAUAAAACUCAACAUUUUUUUGCGAGUUUGUGCAAAAAAUUCCAAUCUCUACCGAGGAGAUCCGACUUUUCUUCCGGGAUGUCGGCAGAUCACAAACUUUAUCGGAAUUGGAGAAGAUACGUACGGCCAAUCGCUCUAUGCAGUGACGAUCUGAUCCAGUAGCAAUAAACGUACCAUUUUGCAUCCGGGAAGUAUCAAAAAAUGUGGCAAAAUGCCUCCCUCUCCAACUGAAAAAGCUCCAUUUUGAAGAGCACUUUUCCUCUCAAAAAGACGGGCUUUUGAAAUCGGAGUUUUUUCAUUUGGAGAGGGAGGUAUUCUGCUACAUUUUUUGAUACUUUCCGAAUGCAAAAUGGAGCGUUUUUUGCCACUAGAGCAGGUCCGCCAUUGUACCUGCUGCUGCAAAGUGAGAAGCAAAUUUUUGAAAAAUUGGCAUCUAGACCAUGCAAAAAGUUACAAAAAAUCUGAGCGCGGUGCUCAAACCAAAGUUUACCGCAAAUAAACAUCUUGAUUUCAGCGAGACGGCGGGGAUAUCAUCUCCCAUCUCUUGAAGAUCAAUGAAUACGCCCAUGUUCCGGUCGAAAUACACAUGAAGAUCAUGACUGACGCUAAGACGUGGUUGGCGAUGUGCAAUACAAUGGCACAUAUCUUUGACUUCAAAUCGGAUCAGAGUGCCGAUGGUGAGGCGAUGUUCCAUGCCGAACGGAUGAAAUUAAAAUGCACUUUUCUUGACAGUGCGGAUGCUUAA